UUCGCCGCAGUUUCCAAAAAUAUCCCGAAGCCUAUAAAUGGAAACCCCAAACCCUGAAUUGACCAAAAAUCCAAAUUCAGAGAAAAAUCCACAAAACUCCUUUCUAAAAAUUCUCCAAUCCCGAAUUGAAAUGGAGAUCAACUGUGCGGCACAGUACGAUCGCGUAUUGAGUUACUUCGACGAAGAUGGAGACGGCAAGAUUUCGCCGUCGGAGCUGAGGAAUCGGCUGGGAUUAAUGGGCGGAGAGCUGCUGCAGGCGGAGGCUGAGGCGGCGGUGGAAUCGCUGGACUCGGACGGCGAUGGAUUGCUGUGCGCCGGCGAUUUCGAACGGCUACUGGAGGUUGGGGAGGAAGAGAAAUUGAAGGAUUUGAAAGAGGCGUUUGCUCUGUACGAUUGUGAAGGUUGCGGGUUCAUUACUCCGAAAAAUUUGAAGAAAAUGCUAAGAAAAUUGGGGGAAAGAAAAUCCACCGAGGAGUGUAAAUUGAUGAUUCGUCGCUUCGAUUUGAACGGUGACGGUUUGAUUAGCUUUGAGGAGUUUCAGAUCAUGAUGGCUUAACUCUGUACAUAUCUUCAUUUCUUUUUCUUUCUUACAUCGACAUAUUCUUUUUAAUUUCAUUUUUUUGGAUAUCUGAUUAUUCAAUUCAUUUUAGUUGUUGAAUUUGGGGCAUUUCCCAUUUGUAUAAAUACACAAACACAUUUCUAUCUGUAGACUUUUGAGAUUAUAUGAAUAAAUAAUGACGUGAGUUUAGCUGGGUUGAAUA